ACAAAUUUAUCCAAAUUUGGCAACAAAACGAAAAUACCUAAAACAUCCUAUCCUAUAGAUACCUAAAACAUCCUAUCCAUAGAUACCUAAAACUUUUGGGUGUCUCUCCAUACUGAAAAAAAAAAAAAAAAUGGCGGCAUUAUCAUCUCAUCUCUUCUUCGCACUCCCUUCGAUGCGUCUCCAUACGCCUUCUCCAGCUGCACCAAACCGGAACCGAGUUCGUGUUCUUGCUAAAUCAUGCCCGGAGAAUCAAAUCUUCGAUUCACAUUCUUCCUCGGAGGCUACCAACAAAACGCAGAUCUCAGGACCUUUCCUAUCCAAGUCACUUGAUGAAGCUAAACCAGUCAAAACAAGCUCAGCAGAGUUCCAAAAGAGUUAUGUGAAGAGGAGUGUCAUGGACAUUGUUGAUCCUUACACAUCACAGAAACACCAAGAUGUCGUGGCAAUGGUCGGGCUAGAUGCAAUGAAAAGAGCAAACUCUACACUUGAGGAUUUCUUCAGGUCUUAUUCCUUGUUCCAUCGGUUGGAUAUUAACGAACCACAGUCAAUAUUCAGAUAUUUACUCGUGCUUUCAUUCACAGAGAGUUACAUAUAUCAGAUUGAUGUUCUUAAUGAGAAGAUGAUAGCUUCAAUUGAUGGAGGGAAUGUUGAAUCACGAGUUUUGUUUGAAGCUGAUCCACUGAAGCCUCUUGAAGAUCUGCUUGAACGUGAGGGUCUUUUGACACAAAGAAUACAACAAGAGUUUAAGUCAGGUGAAGAGUAUUGGGCGUUAGAAAGAAAGAUUUGUCAUGCUCUUUCAAACAAAGACAAGGUGUCUGCUUCAGUUUAUAUUGUUGUCAAACAAUGUGAUGCAUAGUUUAGCCCUCUUGCGAGAAGGCAGUGAACCAAUGAAGAGACCCAUCUACGUAAACAGGAGCUUGGGUGUGAAAAAUCAGAUGAGGGGACGAAGGGACAAGGUACCUCCACGCGUUUGUGGCGCCGAAAUCAAAAACUUCACAAGUAGUAGCCUGGUCGUUAAGGCCUAACUCAGAGGAGUUAUACAACCAAACAUGCUUGUAUGUGCCACUGAGUUUGUCUUUACCAAAUCCAGGAGAAGGGUAUGGGACUUCAAACCACUCGUCUCUCUCUGUUCUCGGCAGCGACUAGUUGAUAGUUGCAUCUGAGGAUAGUUGGAUGCCAGCGAGUGGUGGGAUUGACGACGAUACUGGGUAGUCUAAAGAAAUCGUAGAGGCAGAUCAGACCAUCACAACUAGUACUGCAAACGUCGAAUGACUUGUCCUCCCAAGGAGUAGGGAUCUGAACAGAAAGUGAUGAGCGCACCACCAACGUUCUCAUAGCUUCAAAGCUUGGAUCUGGCUGGUGAGCAGAAGGAUCAUAUAAGGACACCAAAAGCACAAGUGGAUCUCUUGGUUGGCCACGAUGGUGUCUUUCUUGGAAAGAGGGGGUUGUAGAUCUCCAUUGCUUCGAUACAGACUUGAGGGUUUUAACAUCGGAGCCUCUUCAUAAUAUGAUGCUCUAUCACAUCGUGUGGUAGCAACAACUCUUCCAUACUUCUCUGUCUCCGUCUGAAAUCUUGAAUGAUUAAUGAAUUGAGGAGAGGUGUUAAUCUAUAUAUAUAUGAUUUGCUUUAUGUUA